UGCAGCAAAGAAGUUUGGUAGUGUGAGAAGGAGAGAUAAGAGGAAAAGCGACGGCGGAGCUAGGGAUGGCACAGAGGAUUUUUAUAGUGAUGGGGGCGGGGCUGGUUACCGAAAAGAACAAAUGAGUGGGGAGAUUGGAGAAGACGAUUUUUCACGAGAAGAAGGUGCGAGGACAUCGUCGGAGGAGCGGCCGGCUUUGUUGGUAAGGAUGAAAGAAGGCGACGGGGUCCCGUUGCAAUGGGUCGAACCAGAUAGCGGGGAUAAUGUUCUCUAUCGUGCCUUGACCUCGCAAACUUACUUCGUCAGUGAGGAGGAGGUAUGUGUAGGGGUAAUAACUAUCUGAUGUUAAGGCCAAGUAGAUUUCGGUGCUAAUGUAUGUUGAUUGGACUGGAUUUUCAGGGUAGCAGCGUUGACGGAGGUAGACGGGAUGAUGGAGGACAGGGCGACGGUUUAGACGAAAAUGUAAGUUUUCAGAACUAAUCAUAUAAUUAGUGAUAGAAGCUGAAUCGGUGUGUAUUUUAGGGAUUGAAAACAUUGAAUGCUUUGGUUGAGGAUGUGGUGAAAGAUGCGACUGUUGAUGGUGGACACUGCAAAGUUCAGGUAGGCAGCUUGAAAACUGUGGUAUUGUAACUCAUAAUAUUGUGUGAAGCUGGCUCACUUGUGUGUUAUGAACUGGUGUGCAGACGGGGAAAACAGGUGCGAGUGUCCGAAUCAACGACGGGGAUGAAACAGAGCGAGAGGUAUAGUGACGUGGACAAUCCUUUUAUGUCCAUGUGGAGGAGAUGAGAAUGCUUCUAACAUGUGUACAAACAUUUGCAGGAGGACAGGCCUGGUGAGACUGAGUGUGGGCUGGGCGGCCUAAUGACAGAGGGGGAGGUAUGAUGUACAUGUUUAGAAUGUUUAUUAUGCUGUACAUGUUAAGAAGUUGAUUUUGUGGUGAAUGAUCAUUGUGGACAUCAUUUACGUGUGUACGUUUCCUAGUUGUUAAUUUAGGUGCUAACAAAGCUACAUAUAAUUGUUAAUGUGCAGGAUGGAAAGGGUAGGGAGACAGAGGGGCGUGAGGAAAAGGAAGAGGUAGGCGUUAGAAACAUGGAGGUAUGUUAACUUGUAGAAGUAGUGUAUUUGUAGCUUUGGGUUUUCCAUGUACAAACAUUUGAUGCUUUGUAGGAGGGCGGUUCCGAAGUCUGCGUGGACGAUCCCAAUACAGGUUUGGAAGGAAGUAACAAUGAGGUAUGGAAACGUGCAUAAGUUUGUGUUUAUAACUCUGGAGGAGGUAUAGCAGGUGUUAAUUUGUGAUCAAACAUAUUUCUACUGGACAGGAGGGCAAGGUAAGGGAGACUGAGGGUGGGGUGCGUGAUGAGAAGCAAGAGGAAGAACCCCGUGAGGUAUGCUUUGGUAGAUGUGGAUAUUUCUGGUUGAAUGUGCACUGGGUUUUUUUUUUGAUUGUACACGUGGACUAGCAACGCUAAAUGUAGACGUGUGUACAUGUUGAGUAGUUGUUAACGUGGUGAAAGAGCGUUGGGUACAUCUUCUAGGUUGGUCCAUAUGCGAGUAGAUGAUUUAGGUGCUAACCUGCGUGCAUACAUUUGGUAUUGUGUAGGAGGGCAAGGCUAGUGGGACUGAGUGCGGGAGGCCUGAGGAGAAGAAAGAGGGAGGCGCAAAAAACAUGGAGGUAGGUUGACGUGCUGAAGUUUUGUUGGCCAUUUGUGCGGAGGUUCAAUAGGUGUUAAUUUGUGUUUAAACUUGUGCUACUGGACAGGAGGGUAAGCUUAGGGAGACUGAGGAUGGGGGGCGUGAUGAGAACCAAGAGGAAGACGCACGUAUAACAGAGGUAUGUGAAAGUGGACAAUAUAUGUUUUGUGUACUUGUGUACAAGUAUUGUUGUACACGCGUACAAGUAAACGCCAAGUUUAAACUUGUGCUACUGGACAGGAGGGUAAGCUUUGGGAGACUGAGGAUGGGGGGCGUGAUGAGAACCAAAAGGAAGACGCACGUAAAACAGAGGUAUGUGAAAGUGGACAAUAUAUGUUUUCUGUACAUGUGUACAAGUAAACACCAAGUAUACAUGUGUACAAGCUAGACUGGAUGUACAUGUGGACAAUUAACUGAAGGUGUAUUAGCUGAGACGCUAUUUGACUGUUGUUGUUUUUUUAGGCGCAGGUUGAUUUAUUGGAUGGGUCCGGUGAAGACACAGCAGAUGAGGAACCGUCUUCUGGGAAGAUUGUAUUGGAUGUAAGUGACACAUCCGAUUUUGGCGUUACAUCCAGGCACGAGCCAGUGGAACAGGAAGGGGAGUUGGCGGCGUUGUUGUUAGCUAAGGAUCAAUACGUUGUGCCGGAAAUUAUUCCACUUGUUGAAGAUCCUGAUUAUGCCUUCUUUGAACGGGUUUUAAUGGCGCAUUCAAAAGUGUUGCAUAUAAAUGCGCGUGGAUAUGAUUUGGAUAACGAGUUUUUCAUUGACCUGGGCACACCAUGUAAAUGGGUGACAAGCACACAUAUGGAUGUUAUGAUGGAGUACGUGGGUAGUCUACAUGCGGAGACUUUGAGAAAGAACCGGGCGAUGUUCGUCGACCCUUGGUUUUCGGCCCAUUUGCAAGGGAAGGGGAGAUCUUUUAGAGCGGCUAGACGGAAAACACUCAUUGCGGCUGAUUCAAGGGCGACAAAGUUUCUGACAACUGAGGGGAAGCAGUGGGGUGUGGAUGUAGACACAUUGUACGCCCCUAUGAUUUGGGAUGGAGACCACUGGGUAGGGCUUUGCAUAAGGCUGACAACCUGGGAUGUUCUUGUUCUGGAUCCGCGUCCCGGUUAUAAAUCUGUUGAGGAAGUGGCAACGCUCAUGGCGCCAGUUGUAGAGAUGCUUCCGUAUCUUGCGAAGAAGGUGUGUCCAGCGGACGCUAUUGGGGAGCAUCAGCUUGUGCCUUUUCAUGUUGAGAGGGUAGCUGGACUGUACGAGAACCGACGCAGUGGGGACUGCGGGCCAGUGGCAGCCAAGUUCAUGGAAAUCCAUGCUACGGGGGAUGGUAUAGCAAGGAUGGCUGGCUUGAAUGAUGAUCUUGUUAGUAUAUUCCGGAAGCAAUAUGCGAUGGAGAUUUACAAGGACUGGGUCUUGCCUUUGUAUAUGUGAUGAUUGUGGUGAUGGAAGGGGUAUUUUGGUUAUGGAUGUACGCGGCAUUUGGUUGUUUUGGUGAAGUGUAGUAAAAACGGUUCAUUUGUAUUGCUUUCAUACUUCGAAUAUUCAGAAGUUGUGUUUAACUGAUCGUAUUAUUAUUAGUUAUAAGGAAAUUGUGUUUUGUUCAAUUGAUUUGGUCAUGAAUGUUUUCCAUUUUUUCUAGAAAUGUUAUAAAGAAGUUGUGUUCAUAUAGGUUAAGAGGUUAGCGUAUGUUGACGUUGUGUGUUGUGGUUGCAUAAGUGGACGCAGGAGAAUGGAACGCAACAGACAUAUAUUUCAUGAAAACUAGUUGUGGACACAUAUAUACUUAAUAGGAGAGCGACAUAUGACGCCAAAGCUGUGUACAAUUAAUAUCAAUGUACAUGUGAGAAGUCCUUGUACACCAAUAAAUUAAGUAAGGAGUCGAGAGAUGCAUGACAUAUAUUAUAUAUGAACAUGUGGACGUGAGGUAUGUUAACGGGUGCGUGUACACAAUAUAGUUAACAGGAGAGCGAGAUAUGACGUUAGAGUUGGGUACAAUUAAUAUAACUGUACAUGUGAACGUGAACAUGUUAACAGUAAAGGUAGGUGUAGAGAGUAUAUGUACAUGUCGAUGGGAGGAAAAUGUGGGCGUCGAGGGGACACAUAUAUACGUAAUAGGAGAGGAUAGAUGUGGGCUUCGCCAUAUGACGCCAAAGCUGUGUACAAAAAUAUGGGCGUCGAGGGGACACAUAUAUACGUAAUACGAAAAUGUGGGCUUCGCCAUAUGACGCCAAAGCUGUGUACAAAUAA